AGUUUUUGCAGGAACUGUCACUAGCACGUUAAAUUGAUCAUGAGAGCCAGACCGAAAGAUGAAGGCGUGAUUUACUCAGGAUAGCAUACCUGAUUGUCAUAAUUGCAAAGCUCAGACGGACAUGACGAGGUGAUAGUGUUGAAUCCAAAUUGUCAACCCCCCCACAAUCAAUUUCAACAUGGCUAAGGAUGAGCCGGUCAGUGUGGUGUUCAAGGUGUACUGUUUGUCAGUGAUGACACUGGUGGCGGCAACGUACACCGUGGUGUUACGAUACACAAGGACAAUAUCGUCGAGCACUAUGUAUUUCUCUACAACUGCAGUAUGCGUCACAGAAGUCAUUAAGUUGUUCUUGAGCCUUGGAAUGUUGAUCAAAGAAACCGGCAGUUUUGACCGGUUAAAGGCAACCGUAGUCCAACAUGUGUUUCAGAGCCCGAAAGAGCUACUGAAACUGAGUGUCCCAUCUGUGGUGUAUGCCAUUCAAAAUAACAUGGCCUUCAUUGCCUUGAGCAAUCUUGAUGCUGCUGUGUAUCAGGUGACUUAUCAGCUGAAGAUCCCUUGUACAGCCUUGUGUAUGGUUCUAAUGUUGAACCGCACUCUGAGCAGAUUACAUUGGUUCUCCAUCUUCAUGCUUUGUGGGGGUGUUACGUUGGUACAGUGGAAACCCGCCGAGGCCACUAAAGUCCAGGUUGAGCAGAACCCAUUUUUGGGGUUCAUGGCUAUUGCUGUCGCCGUGUUGUGCUCCGGAUUUGCAGGCGUCUACUUCGAGAAGGUCCUGAAGAGCACCGACACGUCCCUGUGGGUGCGGAACAUCCAGAUGUACCUGUCUGGCAUUGUGGUCACCUUCGUUGGGGUUUAUAUGACUGAGGGAGCUCAGGUCCUGGAGAAAGGCUUCUUCUAUGGCUACACACCGUGGGUGUGCUUUGUAGUCUUUCUGGCCAGUGUGGGAGGCUUGUACACGUCGGUGGUGGUGAAGUACACAGACAACAUUAUGAAAGGAUUCUCUGCAGCAGCCGCCAUCGUUCUCUCUACAGUUGCCUCUGUCGUUCUGUUUGGACUACAGAUAAGUGAGUCUCUUGGCGUAGCGGUUAGCUUCGCCAGUGGAGCAAUGCUGGUGUGUGUCUCCAUAUACCUUUAUGGACUUCCGAAACAAGACACCACCAAGCUUCCACGAACAGAUACAGACAAGGAGGCCAAGCAGAAACUCAUUACUGUCUGAGGUCUGAGUCUGGAAGAACUCAACAGUUGAUGGUAUUAUCUGAACUCUGUGCUGGACUUUACCACAAGGCCCAUUUUCACACUACAGUCCUUAUUCUGAAACAAUGCAAUUGUUGCCAACGACCUUCAGAGAAUAAAGAUUAAUCAUUGAUUGAUGCUGGAGAGAAGGGACUUUAAAUAGCGCUGUGCUUAAACUGAGGCAGAAUGACUGUAUUGUAGUUUGUCUAUCAAUCAAGUAUUUGCCUAUAUAAACAAAGUAUUAUUCACACAGCUGGUGGGAGUGUCUUGUAGAGAGCCAGGACAAUAAGUGCAUGUAUAUUCAUGUUUUUUUAAAGUGGAGUUUUAGCAUUGUAGCCAUGUGUUUAUGUAAUGUUUUGAUCCGUCAAAAUAAAUGUUGAUGACCUACCUGGCA